CCAAAAAAAUUCGUAAAAUUAUACCUUAUUUUCAACGUUCUAAAGCAGGCUCCCCCCUUAAUAACUCAAGCUUUCCAUGCUCAAGAGAGGAUAUGUGGAAGAAAUAAAUCAUCGAGAGUGACGUGAUAUCUUUUUUUAAAUGAAUUCUGUAUUCUAAUGAGCUUCUGGACGUGAAAAUAUUGAAAGCUCUUUUUAAGCGAUGCAUACACGAACACAACAUUGCAUCAUUAGAACAGAUUGCUACGUUCCUGAUGUAUGCCACGUGGGGUUGACACGAACCCGUUGGGAGGAGGACGUUGGAACGUUGCCGGGUGGGGAUCUGCCGGGAAUGACGACAUAUCGACCAACAGACAGACAAGUUUCCGUAUGCGAGAGCUCCGCGUUGAGAACCACCGUUUUAGAGGUCAGUCAAGGGCACCUUGCUCGACAUUCACCAAAAAUAGAGAGUGCAUUUUUUAAAAUAUCGUCAAAGGUUGACGUACUCGUACGUUCGUGGUCAUCAUCGGACGUGCCUUUCUUCGCCUAAUCAUCGGGCUGGCCUAUCGCGUGAUUGCUUUAUCCGCUGAUAAAGUGGGCUCGACCCGUUUUCCUUCGUUCCGGCUCUUAUCUCUUAAGUCGUAAACAGCGAUACGAUUAUUUCGUAUUUUUCAAGUCGUACAUUUUUUAUUAUUCUUGUAACACUCCUAAUUCUGUUAAUAAGAAAUGUACUCUUUAAGGAUAAAAAUAAAAUAAAAUGCUCAUUC